GUCAGUCAGUGCGUCACGUUGGGAGCUGGCAGUAGUGUGGGAUCUGGAGUUUUCCUGCGGCCGUCCCCAACUUGUCAGACGUGAUGUUGGGUCGGUCAGCGAUUUGAUCUCGCCGGCCUGUGGAUGGCGGGCGGAGACUCGAGGCCACUGUGAGGGUGCCCGGCGGCUGUAUAGGCGGAGUCCAAUAGUGGCCGAGGCCUUAGGCUUACCCAGUUGCCAAGGAGACGCACUGCCAGGGCCCUUGGGGUGAAAGCCCAGACGAGAAUGGGCUCCCGGGUGCGUCCUCAGCCCGGGUUCUCCUCGGCUGGCCCCCGCCUGCAGGAAUCGGGCGGAGAGCAACUGGAGAUGAGCCGAGUGCGGAGCGCGGAGAGCCGGCAAGAAACAGCGGGCGGGGGUCGAGGCGCGGGCCGCCAGGCGUGGAGUCGCGACAACCCGGGCUACGAGCCGGCCGAUGAGGAGUUGGACAUGGAGCUGGACUGGACUGCGGCGGCCGAGUCUGGAGCGCCGAGCAAUCCUAGCCCCGUGUCCGGCAGCGGGCUCCCAGCCGGGUACAAUGCCCGGCACAACGCCAGGACCGCUGGUCUGUACCCUGACCAGAGCCCUGAGGCCCAGCACAGUAGCCGGCCGGGCUGUGGCCACACCAUCCUGCGCAAGGUCCGAGCUUUAUGGGGAACCCGACUGAUGGAGGAUCAGACUGUCAACAGAGAAAGAUAUCUGAAGAACAUGUUGCGAGAAUUAGUGACAUAUUCGGUUUUCAUGGUUGUUCUCUGCAUCUCAACCUAUGGGAUGGUCAGCUCUAACAUGUACUACUACACCAAAGUUAUGUCCAAUCUUUUCCUGGACACUCCUUUUUCUGAAAAUGAGAAAACUAACUUCAGGAGUAUCGCCAGCAUGGAUGAUUUUUGGAAGUUCACAGAAGGUCCUUUGCUCGAUGGGCUUUAUUGGGACCUGUGGUACAAUAAUAAAACACUAGGUGUAAACAAAAGUUUAAUUUAUUAUGAAAAUCUGCUUUUGGGAGUGCCUCGCAUCAGGCAGCUGAAAGUAAAGAAUGAAUCAUGUAAAGUACAUGAAGACCUAAAAGAUGAGAUCAAGGAAUGCUAUGAUGUAUAUUCUAUUGCAAACGAAGAUACUGCAUCAUUUGGUCUCAUGAAUAAAACAGCUUGGACAUAUACGAGUGAGAAAGAUCUGAAAGAGAUCGGCUACUGGGGAUUAGUUGCCAUAUACAGUGGAGCAGGAUAUUACUUGGACCUGGCAAGAAAUAGAGAUGAAACAGCUGCAAAGUUAAAGGUGCUGAAGGAGAACCUAUGGCUUGAUCGAGGCACCAGGGUUGUGUUUAUUGAUUUCUCUGUCUACAAUGGAAACAUUAACUUAUUUUGUGUGAUCAGGUUGGUGGUUGAGUUCCCCGCAACUGGAGGUGCACUCUCAUCUUGGCAAUUUCAGACAGUGAAACUUUUUCGCUAUCUCUCCUCAUUUGAUUAUUUCCUGGCUGCCUGUGAAGUUGCUUUCUGUGUUUUCAUAUUCUACUAUAUAGUUGAAGAAUUUCUGGAGAUCCGUGUUCACAAGCUGCAUUACUUCAGGAGUGUCUGGAACUGUUUGGAUAUUCUGAUCAUUGUGCUGUCAUUGAUAACAAUUUGCAUCAACAUCUAUCGCACAGCAGUAGUUGAGGAGUUACUCGGAGAGGUACUCGAGAACCAGAAUUCGUAUGCCAAUCUUGAGUCUCUGGCAUAUUGGCAGGUUCAAUUUAACAACAUGGCUGCAGUGGUUGUGUUUUUUGUGUGGAUUAAGAUCUUCAAAUUUAUUAGCUUCAAUAAAACCAUGAUCCAGUUGUCUUCUACCAUGUCUCGGUGUGCCAAAGAUAUUAUGGGUUUUGCCAUCAUGUUUUUUAUUGUUUUCUUGGCUUAUGCUCAGCUGGCAUACCUUGUCUUUGGUACACAGGUUGAUGACUUCAGCACCUUCCACGCUUGCAUCUUUACUCAAUUUCGCAUCAUUUUGGGAGAUUUCGAUUUUGCCAAACUUGAGGAGGCAGACAGGAUUCUGGGACCAAUUUAUUUUGCCACUUUUGUCUUCUUUAUUUUCUUUAUUCUCUUGAACAUGUUUUUGGCCAUCAUUAAUGACACCUACUCUGAAGUGAAAGCUGACAUGGCCCAGCAGAGGAAUGAGAUGGAACUUACUGACCUUAUUAAGAAGGGUUAUAGCAAGGCCAUGCUGAAACUCCGACUACGGAAGACAACUGUCAAUGACAUCACGGAGACUCUACGACAAGCUGGAGGAAAACUAAAUUUUGAUGAAUUACGACAAGAUUUGAAAGGGAGGGGUCACACAGAUGCUGAGAUAGAAGCAAUCUUUGCCAAAUACGAUCAGGAUGGGGAUCAGGAGCUGACAGAACAUGAACAUCAACAAAUGAGGGACGACUUGGAGAAGGAGAGAGAUGAUUUGGACCUGGACAGGAGCUCACUGCCUCGCUCAACCAGUGGCCGAAGCUUCCCGCGGAGCAUGGAUGAUUCCGAGGAAGAGGAUGAUGAAGACAGUGGUCAUAGUUCGAGAAGACGAGGGAGCAGUUCCACAGGGGUGUCCUAUGAAGAGUUUCAAGUCCUUGUGAGGCGUGUGGAUCGAAUGGAGCAUUCCAUUGGGAGCAUCGUGUCAAAAAUUGAUGCGGUGAUUGUGAAGUUGGAAGCCAUGGAGAGAGCCAAGCUGAAAAGGAGGGACGUACUGGGCAGGUUGCUGGAUGGUGUUACAGAGGACGAGCGCCUGGGUCGGGACAAUGACAUUCACAGAGAGCAGAUGGAGCGCUUGGUACGAGAGGAGCUGGAACGCUGGGAAUCUGAUGAAACGGUGUCACAGCUGAGUCAUCACCUUGGGACGCCGCUGGCAAUUAAUGGACGUUCUCGGUCCCGCAGUUCUCGCCCAUCUUCGUCUCAGUCCACCGAUGGUUUGGAUGCUGGGGGCCUUGGAGGCAGCCACGUUUAGCCUAUGUAUCCUGGAAAUGAAGAUGACCAUAUCCGUGGAUAUACAUAGUCAUGUUAGUUUGACAUUGCAUCAGUAUUUUCAUGUCUGGAUCAGUUAAGUUGAUUGAUCACACACAACACUUUGGGAUGGAUUGUAUAGCCAUGAAAUCGUGAAUUUUUAUGAACUAUCUAUAGUAUGCAUUUCAUCAAGAAAUUUAGAGAAAGUUGAACACCAUUGUUUUAAUGCGCCCCACCCUUGGUUGGUGAAACUCCCAAUAAAUUGGAGAAGAGCCUGGUCUUGGGCUUAAUUGGAGAUUGCAAUUAGGUAAUGAGAUACAGUGAAUAAGAACUCUAGACAGUUUACCUUGACGUUUUUCACAGUGUGAAGUAAAAUGGGGGAAAACAGAUCACCCUAUUUAAUCCCUCUUAAUUUGUAUGGUCCUGGCUUAGAUGUUUUCAAUGAGUAUUGGAGUUGGUAUAUAGGUCUGAACUGAGGUUCACUAAAUGAACAUCAACUUCCUUCCUGCCCAAGCUUGUGGCUAAAAGAAGCAAAUACCUUUGUAAGUUCUAUUAAAAAAAAUGAUCAGAUCUUUAUGAUUUCUCUUAGCCCCCAUCAUUGAACUGUUUAAAAUGGCAAUAUUUUGAUUGUAUCCAUGGGUGGCCUCAACAAGUUCUUUUUUUUGAUAAAUACGUACAAACAAGCAUGAUGAACUCAGCAGGUCAGGCAGCAGCCGUUGAAAGGAGCAGUCAACGUCUCGGCCCGAAACAUUGACUGCUCCUUUCAAUGGAUGCUGCCCGACCUGCUGAAUUCAUCCAGCUUGUUUGUACGUGUUUAUUUGACCACAGCAUCUGCAGUGUACUUUGUGUUUACUAUUUUUCUGAUAGGACUGUCAAUAGUGACUGAAUCUACUGAUCUUUUAGCUAAGAUUUUACUCAAUAUUCUCAAUACUAUUGGCUUCAUGUUAAUUGGCUGCUGCCUAUCAAUUGAUUUUAAUUUAUUAAUGUCAUCAGAAUUUGGAAUGAACACCAGCCACCUGUUCUAAUGAGGCAGUACCUAUACAUUUGGCCUAUAGCUAUGGCCCACAAUAUGUUAAUUUUUGUUAUUGCAUUUUCUGGGGAAGGUGAGUGAUAACCUGCUGGUGUGUUUUUUUUUCAUUUCCGUGUACUCCACUAUCCCCUUUAGGAGGAUGUGGUGUUUUAGAACAUCAUGUUAUGAUUUUCAAAAAAGAUUUUUUUUACUCACUUCUCUUCAAACCCCUUAUAACUAAUUGAAUAUGAUGGAUUGUGAAUUUGGUAUGGGGGAAAGGUCAGUUAGAGUCGUAGAAAAGUACAGCACAGAAACAGGCCCUUCAGCCCAUCUAGUCCAUGCUGAACCAUUUAAAUGGCCUGCACCAGGACCAGAGCCCUCAAUAUCCCUACGAUCCAUGUGCCUAUGUUCCUCUCCAAACUUCGCUUAAACACUGAAACUAAGCUGGUGUGCACUACUUGUGCUGGCAGAUCGUUUCACACUCCCACGACCCUCUGAGUGAAGAAGUUUCCCUUUGUGUUCCUUUAAACGUUUCACCUUUCAUCCUUAACCCAUGACCCCUGGUUGUAGCCCCACUCAACUGCAGUGGAAAAAGCCUGCUUUCACUUAUUCUAUCAAUAACCCUCAUAAUUUUGUAUACCUCUAUCAAAUCUCCCCUCAGACUUCUAUGUUCUAAGGAAUAAAAUCCUAACCUGUUCAAUCUUUCCUUAUAACUCAGAUCCUCUAAACCCGGCAAAAUCCUUGUGAAUUUUCUCUACCCUUUCAACCUGUAGAAAGGCAACCAAAACUGCACUCAAUACGCCAAAUUAGGCUUCACCAAAAUCUUAUACAACUUAAGCAUAACACCCCAUCUCCUGUAUUCAUUACUUUGAUUUAUGAAGACCAGUGUGCCAGACGCUUUCUUUAUGACAUGGAAGUGAUGAUAUUGGGGAUGAUUCCAAACCGGAGUUUCCAGCCCCAUCACCAUGACUCCUAAAAGUGCCUCCAGUGGAAUUUGUUAAACAAAGUUGAUUUUUUUUUCCCAAAAGCUUUUUCAUAAUUUUCUUCAUGAGUCAGCAAUGAGAGAACAAAUUAUUAUGUUAUGUAAUUCUCUAUGUGAGAGCUGAGCAUCCUGAUAAAUGGGAUCGUUGCUAACAGUACUA